GCCUACGACGGCGCCGACUACCUCGCCCUGAACGAGGACCUGCGCUCCUGGACCGCGGCGGACACGGCGGCUCAGAUCACCGAGCGCAAGUGGGAGGCGGCCGGUGUGGCGGAGCAAUACAGGGCCUACGUGGAGGGACGGUGCGUGGACGGGCUCCGCAGAUACCUGGAGCACGGGAAGGACACGCUGCUGCGCGCGGACCCCCCAAGGACACACGUGACCCACCACCCCAGCUCUGAGCGUGAGGCCACCCUGAGGUGCUGGGCCCUGGGCUUCUACCCUGCGGAGAUCACACUGACCUGGCAGCGGGAUGGGCAGGACCUGACCCAGGAUAUGGAGUUUGUGGAGACCAGGCCUGCAGGGGACGGAACCUUCCAGAAAUGGGCAGCUGUGGUGGUGCCUCCAGGAGAGGAGCAGAGAUACACGUGCCAUGUGCAGCACGAGGGUCUGCCGGAGCCCCUCACCCUGAGAUGGGAGCCGCCUUCCCAGCCCAGCAUCCCCAUGGUGGGCAUCGUUGCUGGCCUGGUUGUCCUUGGAGCUGUGCUCAUUGGGGCUGUGGUCGCCGCUGUGAUGUGGAGGAAGAAGAGCUCAGGUGGAAAAGGAGGGAGCUACGCUCAGGCUGCCUGCAGCGACAGUGCCCAGGACAGUGCCCAGGGCUCAGAUAUGUUUAUCAAGGCUUGUAAAGAGUACCACCGCUACCUGUGUGGGACUGAGUGAUGCGUGGUUUGUUCCCGCCUCCCCUGUGUGGCAUGGGAGCCUCUGACUUCUCUGUGUGCAAAGGCACCUGAUGACUCUGCGACUCUGUCAGCAUUAUGUGAUGGGGUGGGGAGGCCAGUCUGGCCCUGUGUCCUUCAUAUCAAUAACUGGCUAACAGGCUCACCCUGUUACCCAGGCUUAGCUCACCCUGCACCCACAUGUUGACAGUUACUCUGCAGACUGCUGGAUUCCGGGUCUACUUUUUUUUCAAAUUCUU